UAUGGCACAUAUAAAAACUUACUGCAGAAUUAAACCUUCAUCAACUGCCUAUCAAGAUUUAAAAGUUAUAGAUAAUAACAUAGUUAUUCGGCUGUCGGAUAUUAGCCCAGAUUUGACAAAAGUCAGAUCGAAAUCCGCAGUAAAUUAUCAGUUCUUAUUCGGUCACGUCUUCUUUCCAACAUCAAGCCAGACGGAGAUAUUUGAAACAGUAGCUUCUAAUAUCAUUCAAGGCUUUCUCGAGGGAUACAAUGGAACUAUAUUCGCUUAUGGACAAACAGGAUCAGGUAAAACCUAUACAGUUGAAGGAGGGGGCAGGAAAUUCGCAGAAAGAGGUCUUGCACCCAGAGCCCUGUCGAAUAUCUAUAAAGCCUUAGAACCAAGACAAAAUAGAGAAGAUAUUUCUAUUCACGUAUCAUAUAUGGAAAUUUAUCAAGAAGUCGGCUAUGAUUUGCUUAUUCCAACGGACAAAAAUUCUAUAGUAACGUCUUUUCCAAAAGUCACCGUUGUUGAGGGACCAAACGGAACUUGCAUCAUUCGCAAUCUUUCGUGUCAUUUAGCGGCAACUGAAGACAUUGCUCAAAGCCUACUUUUACAAGGUCAAGCUAAUAGGAAAAUUGCCGAAACUCCUAUGAACUUAAGGUCUUCAAGGUCACACGCAGUUUUUACUAUACAACUGACGUCGAAGAAACACGAUUCUGAUGUGAUAGUCAAAUCGAAGCUCCAUCUCGUCGAUCUAGCUGGCUCUGAAAGAGUAGCAAAAACCGGUAUUGAGGGACAACAAUUGAAUGAGGCGAAGUUUAUUAAUUUAUCACUUCAUCACUUGGAACAAGUCAUUAGUUCAUUACAACAAGAGGCACAGUCCGACACGAAGAGGUCUCGUGCUACUGAGUAUCGACUUUACAACCGAUGGGUGACUUCUUUGAGGCCAUCUAGUGCUGACAGCGUCCGAACAAACGUUUCUACUCAUCACAUUCCAUAUCGUAAUUCAUUACUAACUAUGGUACUAAGAGACAGUUUAGGCGGAAACUGUCAAACAGCCAUGAUAGCGACAAUUAGCCAGGAGGAAGAGAAUAUGAACGAAACAAUAUCAACGUGCCGUUUCGCUCAAAGGGUUGCGUGUAUCACUAAUAUUUUGCGAAAAAAUGAAGAAAUAGACGAUAAAUCCAUGAUAAAUCGAUUGAGAAAAGAGAAUUCGGGACUACGCGCAGAGAUAAAUAUACUACGAUCUAAGCAGGCCAUGGACGGUAAAGAUCUAACCGGAGAUUUAAGUGAGGAAGAUAAAAAAUCCGUAGCAAAAAUUAUUCAGGCCUACAUUGCUGGUAGGAUAAAAGAUCCUGUUCUUGCUGGUAUAUCGUCUGCCCAACAAUUUAGAGAAAGUCUACGAAUUUUAAAGGCUAUGAUUAUGCGCCAUUACGCCUCAACCGCACCUUCCGCCGUGUCACCCGUAUCUGACAGUAGAAAUGUACAAGCUCCCGUUACACUUGUACAAUCAACUCGCGUAACAUCUCCAUCUUACACUGUUAAACGGGUCACUCCAAACGAAAAUAUUUCUAAGGAAAAAGGUGUUCUCAGGAACGCAGCUGUGCAAAAAAUUAUUCAAAAUGCAUUACAUAAUAUAAAGAAGAAUCAGCAGAAGGAAAAUGAAGAAAAGAAAGCAUUAUAUAAAUCGCCUUUCGAGCAGCAAAGAGAAAAAGAAAUUUUAAAGUUAUCCGAUAAGGUCGAAAGUAAAAUUGUUAAAGUUCAAAGCCAAGAAAAAGAAUUAAAAGAGCAGGCCCUUAAUCAUAAAAAGAAUGAUUUAAUACGAAUCAAUAAUGAUUUAAAGCAGGUACAUGGCAAAAUUACCGCUCAAAUUAGUGAACAAGAAAAGAAUUUGUCCAACACUGACCCUAAGGGUUUGCAAUCUGAGAAACUAGCUGAAAGUCACCUUAGAAAAAAAUUAGCUAAAGUCGAGAAACGUAUGAGUUUAGUAGAAGAGCAUUUGAAGAAAAUAUCAUCUCAAGAAACAAAAAUAAAGCAGACUAAAGUUCGUGAUCGCUCCUCACCCGAUGAUAAUUUACAGGCUAAAUACCCUGAAUAUAUACGUAAAGAUGGUAAAUUAAACACAAGGGAAUUACUGGAUUCCCUAAAAAGACAAGAUAGGCGUCAAGAAAAGGUCAUGGCAGUUCAACAAGAUCAAUUGCAGAAGCAAAAGACACUAUCCAAAGCCCAAGAGCUUCAACUUAAGGAGGAGGCCACUCGUCUAAAAUUAAACGAAUUAAGAGAAAAAUUAAAAUCGGCUAAAGUAUCCGCAACUCCGGCUGUUGUGACAGAUACAAAUGAUAAUAUAGAGAUGAAAUCUAGUACAACAGCUACUGCGGCUACUAUUACUACGGUUACCACAAUCACCUCGACUGCCAAUUCACCUGUAGUACUCCCAAGGCAAGCUUUUGUAGAACCAAAACGUAUCAACUCAAAGAAUUCAUCGGAAAAUUAUGAAGAUACCAAAGAAACAUCUAAAUUACAUAAUCGAGCUAAUGUUGUGCAAGAUAAACUAAUUCUUCUUAAAGAACGCCUAAAUAGCAUUAAAAAAGCAUCUAAUUCUACGGAAGGACAAAAGAGUAAUGAAAUUCCAAGCCGACCAGGCUCUUCAAAGAGUGUCGAAGAGAUGAUGAAAGAGGCACAAGUAAUGAAAGGGCGAAAAGACCCUUCGAAAUUAUGGAGCGGUGGCUAUACGACCCCUUCGACGCCGCCCUCCGAGCAGUCGAGUACGACGACUUUAGAGAGACCUCUUUCUAGACCUAAUUCAAGCAACAGUGAGCGAUUGAAAGAGUUUAUAAGAAGUGGAAGCGCAGGCAAAUCUCAUUUGGCUAGGAUAGCAAGAGUUCGAGCUGAAAAGGAUGAAAAUGAAGUAAACGAACCGAUAGCGGAAAGACCUACAUUAUCGACUUUGCUGGCCGCCUCCAAUUCUGAAUCGAUUACGGUUUCUCACGAUUAUUACGACUCGUUCGCCAGAAAUUCCCGUUCCGGUACACCAACAAGCAAUCAGGUGCCGUCGAAAAAAUCCUACCCAUGGACGAGAAAGGAGAAGACAGAAAAUGACUCUUCGAAUGUCUGGGGACCGGAAGCAAAGACGCGUUCAGUUAGUGAUAGUAUUUACGGAUUUUUGGAAAAAUCAAAAGAAAAAUAG